AUGUAUAAUCGAUUAUAUUUGUUGGUCUCGCGUUCUUAUUUGAAUACGAUAAUACCAUGUCGUUCGAUACAAACGAUGAAUGAGGUUCGAAAAGGUUUGCAAUCGUUAGUUGGUGCUCAAUUAGUAUUUGGGCAUGGAAAUCACAGCGGAAGUCAUGCUCAAUUAACUGAUGAUAUCAAAGUCGAUUCUGCAUUAGCUCCGCGUACGAUAGCUGAAAGUUACGAUGAAGCUAUUAUUCCAUUAGCAUCUCAUAUAAAUUUACGUGAACGAUAUGCUAAUUUUGAAAAUAGAGUACGAUUCGGAAGAAUACUUGAAGAUCUUGAUACAAUGGCUGUUCAUAUUGGUUAUAAACAUAAUAGUCCACAGCUAAUUAAAUCAGUUAAUGUUCAUCCAUUAGCUAUUGUUACUGCUGCUGUCGAUCGUAUAGAAGUCGCUAUACCUCAUAUGCAUAUGGAUCGAGAUAUACGCUUAAGUGGUUUUGCUUCGUUUGUUGGUAGUAGUUCAAUGGAAAUUACUUUAAAAAUAGAUCAAGACAAUAACGGCACUUGGGAGCAUGUACUUCACGCGUUGUUUGUUCUUGCCGCAAGAGAUCCAAGAACAAAAAAAUCAGCUAAAAUGAAUCCAUUGGUAGGAACAUCAGAAAAAGAUAUUGCAAUUAUUGAGACAGGAAGAUUAAAUCGUCAACGACGUCUAACUGAACAAGAUAAAUCUUUAUUUAAAAUUCCACCUGAUACAUCCGAAAGUACGAUUGUUCAUGAUCUAUUUCUCAAGACACUUACACAAAAUGCAUCUAUAUUUCGAACACGUCUCUUGGUAGAAAAUUCAAUGUGGAUGGAAGAAACUGGUUUACGUACUAUGUAUCUUUGUCAUCCAGAACAACGUAAUUUAUACAAUAAGAUUUUUGGUGGUUAUUUAAUGCGAAAAUCAUUUGAAUUAGCUUGGACAGCUGCUAGUUUAUUUGCAAAACAAUCUUUAAGUACACUUGCAGUCGAUGACAUUAUGUUUCAACGUCCCGUUGAAAUAGGUUCAUUAUUAUUUCUUACGACAAGGGUUGUUUAUGUUGAAGGCAAUAAAAUUCAAACACGAGUCAAUGCUGAAGUUGUUGACAUUCAUACAGCAGAACGUCAUACAACAAAUAUUUUUUAUUUUAUUUUCAAAACAAAAGAUAAUAAAAAGCCACUUCAAAAUGUUGUACCAAAAACUUAUGCAGAAGCAAUGAUGUACCUGGAUGGCAAACGACAUCUCAAUUAA